GUUUAUGAAAAAUUGCACUUGCUGAAUCCAGAGCUUGAGGCUGAGGAGAUACUGAUGUCCCCAAACUCUGUACUAAAACUUCAGACUAACAGGGAUGGUGUCGGUGUUCUUACUUACCGUGUGCUGGACUGUCCCGACAAGGCAGUCUUAGUCCAGGUGGAUGAGAAGGGCCUGCUCUCUUCGGGCUCGCUUACUGGCACGGCUUCACUAGAAGUGAAUUCCCAGGAGACCUUUGGAGUCAAUCAAACUAUUAUUGUUGCUGUGAAAGUGGUUCCUGUCUCAUUCCUGAGGCUCAGUACCAGCCCAGUCUUGUACACUGCAAACAAAGAAACUCUCUCUGCCCUACCUUUGGGAACAACGCUUACUUUUACUGUUCACUUCCAUGACAGCAGUGGGGAUGUCUUCCAUGCACAAAACUCUCUCCUUACAUUUGCAACAAACAGGGAUGAUCUUGUGCUGGUUGGGAAAGGACCAAGUAACAACACCUUUAUUGUUCGAACUGUGAAUGUGGGGCUCACUUUGCUGGCUGUAUGGGAUACAGAGCAAACUGGAAUAGCCGACUACGUGGCUUUACCCGUUAGACACGUCAUUCACCCUGAGGGGGCUGAAAGUCUGGUCGUCGGCGAUGUUAUCUGCUUUCACACUCCUCUUGUGAGUCAAGAAGGAGUUUCUGGCACAUGGAGUUCCUCAUCUGGAAGUAUCCUCCAAGUUGAUGCAAAGACAGGCACAGCAGUUGCAAGAGAUUCAGGAUCUGUCACUGUGUAUUAUGAAAUUCCUGGCCAGCUGAAAACCUAUAGAGAGGUGGUGAUUACCAGUGCCAGAAGGACAACUAUAAUGACACACACUGGAGUAAAGAACACUGGAGGAGAGGUGGAUUCCAGGGUACUAGUUACCACACGAGAAACUGGCACCAAUCUAAUAGGGCUCUGUUCAUCGCCUCAGCUUGAAGCUAUCAGCGAGUUACACCCAGAGUCAAGCAUCAGCUGUCAGCUCCAGUUCAGCAGUGAUGCAGUUGACUUCCCUGCACAUGACGUGUUUGUCAUAAGAACAGGAUUUGAUCCAAGUACAGGUUUUUACUCGUGCUCAAUGAACGUGCAGCACUUGAAUGACCAGCAGUUGAAGGUCCUGAGUACCACAAGAACAGGAGUGGUGGUGAAAGUGGGCAUUCAGGGAAGCCAUUUCUCAGGGGAACAAGAUAGCGCGGAGUUACCCAUUAAUCCUGGCUUCUAUGCUGAUCAGAAUGAGAUCCUCUUGAGCGACCAGCACUUCUCCACCGAUCUGACGGUUUACGGAGCCCUGGACAUCCUGAGCCACCUGGAGGUAACAUCUAGCUCCCCUGUCAUCGUUAUCAACAAGAAGGAGGUCUCGGAUGGGUUUCCCAGCUUUGUGAAGUUCGCCGUCAGCAUUUCUGACCCAAGGCUAAUCACUCAGGGAGCCAUGUCAGCAAGAAUCUCCAUAUCUAGCCCACUUAAUGACCAGUCCAUUAUUAUUCCUGUAACUGCAAUCCAUGUAACUGAUAGAAGCACUGCAAUGCAAGCUGGGUCCACUGUGUCCAGUUCCUGGGAGGGAGCUGGGUUCUUCCAGUGGCUCAUCAACUCCUAUCAAGUGAUGUUCUUCACUCUUUUUGCACUGUUGGCCGGCACUGCUAUAAUUAUCAUUGCCUGCCAUGCAUUCCUGUCACCAAAGGAGCAGGUUUAUCAUCCAGCAUUUAUAAGGACCCCUACAUCACCAGGGUACGCCUCUCCUCCACUAAGCCCUUUCAGUGGCAAAGUACCAGCUGACUUGAGGGGCAGUCCUAAACUCCGACUCUUUUCUCCUGACUAUAAUUCCCGUUAGGAUUUAGAACACUGCAAUGCAAAGCACAGAGGACAUUAAACCACCACCUAAAAUAACGUGCCUUUCCUAUACAAUUUGAGACAUCAGGAUAUUACUUUACAGGAUGAUUUUGUAUUUCUUUCCACAUUUUAAGAUCAAAAUAGGGUGUUGGGGAUGUGAAAAAAAUGGUAUGUUUUGUGUUUUACAUGCUUGAAAUCCCGUCCUGUUUUUUUUUUUUAGUUUUACAGUAUAUAUAUAUGUUGUUUAUUUGAUUUUUUUAUUUGUAUUGUCUUGUUGCUUGUUUGCAGUGUUAGACUUUUAAAAAACACUUUGACUUAAAACUGAGGUACCUGGAUUUCGCGCUAAUGUAAUUCUUGCUUUGUGUGUUUUUGAAGCUACUGCAUUCUGACCUGUGAUUCUAACAGAAAAAGGAAAAUUCACCUUGUGAAAAAGUUUUAUAUUGAAGAAAAUGUUAGUUGUGGUAAAGCUCAGGAAUGUGAUACGCUGAUGACCAGCAUGGCACAGUAAGUGCAGGCUUUAGAUACAGGCACUCCAGGAAAAAGUAAUAUGAAGUUUGACUUGGUGUGUUUUGUUUUUGCAAUGCUGUUAAUUUCCAUAGUAAUACAGCAAUUUAAAUGUGAAUGUUUAAUACCUUCAUUUGAGCAGCUCACCUUAAUCUAUUUAAUCUUUUCUUAUAGACAUAAAAUAUCAGUUGAGAUAAAAGCAAAGACUGAAUUAUUUUGUGUGUUAAAAAUCAAGGCAAAAUCAAAGUACUAUUUUUAUGUCGGUGUUUUAUGCACCAUAACCUAUAAGAGAGUUGCCUGACGAAAGUAAAGUAAAUGUAUUGAAUGCCUUAAUACCUCGUUAAUGUAUGAGCCUAAAGCUUUAGCUGUCUGUCCUGUGAAAUCUGGUAAUGUGAAAAGGUUUUACUGUGAGUCCUUCCUAUGCAGCUUACCUUUCUGUGUUUAAGUCAUCCACUGGAAAUAACUAAUAAAGGUGAAUGAUUAGUGUGAAAGACACUGUUCUUGAAAAAAGUAUGAAGAAACCAGUUGCCUGUUCAUAUGAUUAUUUUUGGUGAAGUUCAAACUGAGUCUGUUUUAAUUAAGCUUAAAAGUACCUGCCAAGACUGCAAUGCCAAUUUUAAGUAUUUAGGGAUCUAGGAAAGAAUUUCUAUUUUUGUUAUCUGCAGAGUUUAAAAAGUUUGUAACUUGUCUUCAUUUAGCAUUUUUAGGAGUGUUGACUUAUAUGAUGCCUUAUGAACAGCUCUGUGUGUAAAGCAUGUUAAAGUUUGACCGCCUUUUUUUGCUAGACGAAUUGUUUUGAAGGUCAUGGCUUAUUUUCGAUUUUAAAUAAAAGCUGUUGAGAAAGUUGUAAACCCAUAAAGCUAAAAGUAAAUUGUCAAGCUUUUGUAUUUCUCAUUUAAUAAAUUUGUUUUUGUAAA